CAGCGGCGGGCGGCCAUGGACGUGGACGCGCGGAUGGCCACGGAGUCGGACUCCGACUCCGACGCCGCCACCGCCGCCUCCGUCACGGUGCAGGUCGGCGGCUCCGGCAGCGGGGCCGAGACCCCUUCCGUGUCCCCGCCUCCCGAGCCGGCUGGAGCUCCGGCGGCGGCGGCGGCGGGGCCCAGGCCGGCCCCGGGGUACACGGUGGUGGACGCGGCCAUGGACAAGAAGGAGGACGGGCCGGGCUGCCGCUGCGGCCACACGCUCACGGCCGUGCCCGCCGUCGGGGAAGAGGGCUCCCCGGGCUACAUCGGCCAGCGCCUGAUCCUCUUCGGCGGCGCCACCGCGCUCGAGGGGAACUCCGCCACGCCGCCCUCGUCCGCCGGGAGCGCCGGGAUCCGUCUUGCUGGGGCUACCGCAGAUGUUCACUGUUAUGACGUGUUAUCAAAUAAGUGGACCAGGCUUACUCCACUUGGAGAACCUCCUUCACCAAGAGCCGCCCAUGUAGCGACUGCUGUUGGAACCAUGGUGGUCAUUCAGGGUGGUAUAGGCCCUGCUGGUUUAUCUGCAGAGGACCUCCAUGUUCUGGAUCUUACACAACAACGUCCACGAUGGCACAGAGUGGUGGUUCAAGGGCCUGGUCCUGGUCCACGAUACGGACAUGUCAUGGCCUUGGUUGGGCAGAGGUUCUUGUUGACAAUUGGUGGAAAUGAUGGAAAGCGUCCUCUGGCAGAUGUUUGGGCCCUUGAUACCGCUGCAAAGCCAUACGAAUGGAGGAAACUUGAACCAGAAGGUGAAGGGCCACCGCCGUGCAUGUAUGCAACUGCAAGUGCCCGCUCUGAUGGACUUCUUUUGCUUUGUGGUGGGAGGGACACUAAUAGUGUGCCCCUUUCAAGUGCGUAUGGUCUUGCAAAGCAUAGGGAUGGUCGCUGGGAGUGGGCAAUUGCCCCUGGCGUCUCUCCAUCACCCAGAUAUCAACAUGCUGCUGUUUUCGUCAAUGCACGACUUCAUGUCUCAGGAGGGGCUCUUGGAGGCGGUCGCAUGGUAGAAGACUCGUCAAGCGUGGCAGUGUUGGACACUGCUGCUGGAGUUUGGUGCGACACAAAAUCAGUAGUUACAACUCCAAGGACAGGAAGAUAUAGUGCGGAUGCCGCAGGCGGUGAGGCUUCUGGAGAGCUUACACGAAGGUGCAGGCAUGCAGCUGCUGCAGUUGGUGAUAUGAUAUUCAUUUAUGGAGGUUUACGAGGAGGUGUGCUGCUAGACGACCUUCUUGCUGCCGAAGAUCUUGCUGCUGCUGAGACAACAAGUGCAGCUAACCAUGCAGCUGCUGCUGCCGCUAACAUGCAAGCUGGAGGAGCACCUGGCAGGUUUGCUUACAAUGAUGAGCAAACAGGGCAAACAACUGGAGAGACAACUGCUGAUGGAGCUGUGGUUCUUGGAACCCCAGUUGCUCCUCCUGUUAAUGGGGAUGUGUAUACUGAUAUCAGCCCUGAGAAUGCUGUGAUCCAGGGACAGAGGAGAUCAAGUAAAGGUGUUGAUUAUUUGGUUGAAGCAUCUGCUGCAGAGGCUGAGGCAAUCAGUGCUACUUUAGCUGCUGUAAAAGCCAGGCAAGUUAAUGGUGAGAUGGAGCAUUCACCCGACAGAGAGCAGUCUCCAGAUGCCACACCAAGUGGGAAGCAACAUUUAAGCCUCAUCAAACCAGAUGUUGCUCUUUCAAACAAUUCAACACCACCUCCCGGGGUUCGGUUACACCAUAGAGCAGUUGUGGUAGCAGCAGAAACAGGAGGUGCCUUAGGUGGCAUGGUUAGGCAGCUGUCAAUUGAUCAAUUUGAAAACGAAGGAAGAAGGGUUAUCUAUGGCACUCCUGAGAAUGCAACUGCGGCUAGAAAAUUACUGGAUCGGCAAAUGUCUAUUAAUAGUGUGCCCAAAAAGGUAAUUGCAUCUCUCCUUAAACCUCGUGGUUGGAAGCCUCCUGUGCGAAGACAGUUCUUCUUGGACUGUAAUGAAAUUGCAGAUCUAUGCGAUAGUGCUGAAAGAAUAUUUUCAAGUGAACCAAGCGUCAUAAAGCUUAAAGCUCCCAUUAAGAUAUUUGGUGAUCUGCAUGGUCAAUUUGGUGACCUAAUGCGCUUAUUCGACGAGUAUGGUUCUCCCUCAACAGCAGGAGACAUUGCUUACAUUGAUUACCUCUUCUUGGGAGAUUACGUUGAUCGUGGUCAACAUAGUUUGGAGACUAUUACUCUUCUCCUUGCUCUGAAGGUUGAAUAUCCUCAAAAUGUACAUUUGAUUCGGGGGAAUCAUGAGGCAGCAGAUAUCAAUGCUCUGUUUGGGUUCCGAAUAGAGUGCAUAGAGCGAAUGGGUGAGCGAGAUGGAAUCUGGACCUGGCAUCGUGUGAAUAGGUUAUUUAAUUGGCUUCCUUUGGCUGCCCUAAUAGAGAAGAAAAUAAUCUGCAUGCAUGGUGGUAUUGGACGCUCCAUUAACCACAUAGAGCAAAUCGAGAAUCUCCAAAGACCGAUUACCAUGGAAGCAGGCUCAGUUGUUCUAAUGGAUCUUCUAUGGUCGGAUCCAACUGAGAAUGACAGCGUCGAAGGACUCAGACCAAAUGCUCGGGGCCCAGGUCUUGUCACCUUUGGGCCUGACCGUGUUAUGGAGUUCUGCAACAACAAUGACCUGCAGUUGAUUGUGCGAGCACAUGAGUGUGUGAUGGAUGGUUUUGAGCGUUUCGCUCAAGGUCACUUGAUUACUCUCUUCUCGGCAACAAAUUACUGUGGUACGGCAAAUAACGCAGGUGCAAUCUUAGUUCUUGGAAGGGAUCUUGUGGUUGUCCCGAAACUCAUUCAUCCUUUGCCACCUGCCUUGACAUCACCUGAGACCUCCCCAGAGCAUAUCGAAGACACAUGGAUGCAGGAACUAAAUGCCAACAGGCCACCGACCCCAACUAGGGGCCGCCCUCAAGCAGCCAACAAUGACCGAGGCUCCCUUGCGUGGAUAUAGCAGCUCCCGAUGUGCGGAAGCGAUCCUUUCUAAGUCCGUGCCAGUGGGUUUUUGCUAUAUUUAUCAGUUCUGCGCAACAUGCAGAUGAUCUAUGCCUAGGUGACAUGCUAUUGCGCAACAAUGGCAACAGGAAGUCAUCUGCGGGGGAGCGACUCUUAGCGAUCUGAAGGCGGAGAAUGUUUUGCCGAUCCCCACAGACAGAGCUCUCCAAGCUUUUUCCCUAGACAUGAGAAGAGUAGAUAGAUGAGCCGUCGGCCAUCGGUUUAUCAUCGAUACAAGCUUCACCUGUAUAUAGUCAGAUGCCAGCAGAUAGGGGUGGGUUGUAUGUGUUCUGUUGACAAAUUGGAGGGGCAGAAAGGAAUAGUGUUGUACUAGGUAUUCUUUUCCUGUGUCUAGAUUUUUUUUCUCACAUGUUUCAAAAGUAUGGGGUGGCCAAAGGAGUAAAACUUAUUUGUUGUAGGGCCUGUUUGCCAGCUCUUGUAUAAUAGUGGUGGUAUCACUUAUUUAA